AUGAAUACCAAGUAUCUCACACUUGGUUUUGUGUUAACUUUGUUCUUGCCCCUAGCAUCAGCAAUGAACUCAUAUCACCCAAAACAGAUUCCAGCUAUGUAUGUUUUUGGUGAUUCCUUGGUUGAUAGUGGAAACAACAACUACCUUCCAAUAGGCGGACCAACCUUUCUUCCUUAUGGUAUAGACUUUGGUGGCAAACCUACAGGUCGAAACACUAACGGAAAAACAGUGGUUGAUUACAUAGCUAUACAUCUAGGACUACCCUUUGCCCCUCCCUACAUGGGUCUGUCAAAGCAUCAAAGGGAAAAAAUCACCACAGGCAUAAAUUAUGCAUCCGCUGGUUCUGGCAUGUUCCAUAAUGGAACUUUCCAUGGCACUACCAAAUUUGCUUCAAACCUGCUAAAAGAAUUCUCCCUACGCUUGCAGAAAAUGUAUGACCUAGGAGCAAGAAAAUUUUUGGUGAACAAUAUUCCUCCAGCAGGUUGCUUUCCAUCAAGAGCUGUCCACACAAGACCAAGAGGAAAAUGUGUUGACAAGAUAAACAUUGGGAUCACAUUUUACAAUAGGAGGUUACCCAGUUUACUCCAUGAGCUGCAAUCUCAGCUUCCUGGCUCUGUCUUUGUACAUUCAGAUCUCUACAAGUUCCUUAUAGAGCUAAGGGAAAAUGGAGGUAGAUAUGGUAUACGAGAGACAUGGAAACCUUGCUGCCCCAAUAACAUUUAUGGUGAUCUUAAAUGCCGUCCCAACACUGUUCCUUGUGCAAAUAGAAACGCUUAUCUUUUCUUUGAUGACCACCCUACUCAGAUUGCAAACCAUAUAUAUGCAACUCGUUGCUUCAAUGAAUCAACUAUUUGCAGGCCUUCUGGCCUCAAAAUGUUCUAG